AUGUCUCAUGAAUAUUGUCAAGAGGUACUUAACGAUUUUGAAAAAUUACUCACAACUGAAAUAGGUUUUGACGUUAUUAUUUAUGCUGGUGAAAAUGAAAAUGUGAAAGAAUUGCACGCACAUUCAAAUAUUCUAUGUACCAGAUCACAAUAUUUUUAUGCAGCAUUCUUUAAUGAAUGGGCCGAAAAAAAAGAUGGAAAAUUUAUUUUUAAUAAACCUAACAUACCUCCUAAAUUAUUUAAUGUUAUACUAAGAUUUAUUUAUUGUGGUAAGAUUAAUUUGACAAAUUUACAAAUUUCUGAAGUAUUGAACCUCUUAAUAUCAGUUGAUGAACUUAAUAUUCAAUCUUUAAUCUCUUAUAUUCGAAACUAUUUGAUUCAAAACGAAGAUAAGUUUUUAAAACAGAAUCCUAUUGUAAUUCUUGAAACAGUUUAUCAACAUGAAUCAUUCACAGAUUUUUGGAAUUAUUUUUUUGAAAUCAUUUGUGAAGAACCUAAAAUACUAUUUGAUUCUGAUAAAUUUAUCAGUAUAAAGAUACCUUUAUUGAAAUUAUUUUUAGAAAGAGAUGAUUUAAAUUUGGAAGAAUGUAUUAUUUGGGAUAGUUUAUUGAAAUGGGGCCUUGCACAAAAUCCUUCUAUUUCACAUGACAUCACAAAAUGGAGCAAAGAAGAUAUUAUAAUUAUGGAAAAAACAUUUCAUGAAUUUAUCCCAUUAAUAAAAUUUUAUUGUAUUUCUUCGGACGAGUUUCUUGAAAAAGUAUAUCCCUUUAAAGAAUUACUACCGAAAGAUUUGAUUGUUGACCUCGUGAGGUUUCAUACUGCACCUAAAAGAUAUGAUUCAACAAUAAUUAAACGUAAACAAUUUGCUAUUUUGGCUAGUUGGAUUGAUAAGAAAGAAAAAUCACAUUAUGGUGUAAGAAAUAUUCCUUGUUAUUUCAAUUUACUUUAUCGUGCUAGUAGGGAUAGUUUUUCACCCGCAGCAUUUCACGUUGAAUGCGAUAAUAAAGGUGCAACUAUUGUUGUUGCAAAAAUUACAAAUUCAGAACGAAUAGUUGGAGGAUAUAAUCCACUUCAAUGGGAUUCAAGCAAUACAUGGAAGGCUACAAUCGAUAGUUUUAUAUAUUUAUUUACGGACAGAAAUGAUAUAGAAACUGCAAAUGUAGGUUAUAGUAAUGGUAAUCAAUAUUCUAUUAGAAAUCUUUCUGAUCAUGGGCUAGCGUUUGGUGGUGGUUGUGAUUUGUAUUUUAAUAAUGAUGGUAAUUGGCAUAGUGGAAAUAUUUCUUAUGAUUAUAAUAAUUCUUACCCCAAAAUUGAAGGAAUACCGGUAAGGUUUAAAGUAGAUGAUUACGAAGUAUUCCAAAUUAUUAAAAAUCAGGAUUGA